UCUCUCUCUCUCUCCCGAGUUUGUGUCGCGUGUGUCCCGUUUCCCCAAAAUGUUGAGGAUAUUCCUCUGUGUGUUUGUCGUGCAAUUUGCAUUGCUAAUCAAUGCCACCGGCCUCUACUCGGUGGUGGGGCCUGGCACCAUUCGCUCCAACUUCAAGUACAAUGUGGCCGUGUCCGUGCACCAGGCGGACGGGCCCAGCCAGCUGAGAAUCAGCAUCAAUGGACCCUCGUACAAUGAGACAAAGCAGAUCGAGGUGCUGCCCAUGUCCACGCAGAAUGUGGAAUUCGAUGUGCCGAAGCUGGCCAGCGGGGACUACAAUCUGACGGCUGUCGGCGUGUCGGGCAUCGUCUUCGAGAACUCCACCAAGCUGAACCAUGCCGACGAUAAGCCCUCGACCUUCAUACAAACCGAUAAGGCCACCUACAAGCCCGCCGAUCUGGUGCAGUUCCGAGUACUCAUCCUCGAUGAGCAAACCAGACCCGCCAAGAUCGACAAACCCAUCACGAUUGCCAUCACAGAUGGUGCACAGAAUCGCAUUAAGCAGCUGACGGACAUCAAGCUGACGAAGGGCGUGUACUCCGGGGAGUUGCAGCUGUCCGAGCAGCCAGUGCUGGGCACCUGGAAGAUCGAAGUGAGUGUCGAUGGCGAUGGCAGCGAAACGAAGACCUUCGAGGUGGACAAGUAUGUGCUGCCCAAGUUCGAGGUGAUUGUCGAAGCACCCAAAGAUGUCGCCGUGCAGGAUAAGGUGAUAAAAGCCACCAUCAGAGCCAAGUACACCUACGGCAAGCCGGUCAAGGGCAAGGCCACCGUCUCCAUCGAGCCCAAUUAUUCGCACUAUCUGAACCGCGAUGUGGGCACACAGGAAAAGACAAUCGAUGUGGAUGGCAAGGGGCAUGUGGAGUUCAGCAUCGAAGGCAACCAAUAUCGUGGCGGUUACUCUCCGCCUUUGAAAAUUCUGGCCAUUGUCACCGAGGAGCUGACGGGCAACAAGCAGAAUGCCACAACGAUUGUCAAUCUGCACAGUCAACGCUACAGGAUCGAGGGUGUCGACACUCCGCCCACAUAUGAGCCCGGCAAGCCCUUUCUCUUUCAGAUUGUGGUCAAGAAUGUGGAUGGUUCCCCAGUGCGCAACUCCGAGAAGAAGGCCAAAGUGAGCUUCGUGGCCGGACAUCAAUUUUCCGAUCGUGGCAAUCAGCGGGAGUUCAAUUUCGAAUCAACGCUGAACGAGCAUGGCAUGGCCGCCUUCAAUGUGACGCUGCCCCAAAUGGAAAUGAGUUAUGUGAGCAUCAAUGCCGUCUUCGGAGACUCCUCAUCCUUUGUGGGCAGCAUUUCCAAGUCCCAGCCAGCCUUCGAGUCGAACGAACCACUCAAAAUUGAACUGAAGACCAAGACUCCAAAACUAGGCGAAAGCGUAUCCUUUGAUGUCAAGUCGAAUGUGGAUAUACCUUACUUUGUCUACACGAUUGUGGCGAGGGGCAACAUUGUGGACACCGACUACGUGGAUGUGCCAAAGGGCCGCAAGACUCACACGGUGAAAUUCACGCCCACAUUUGCAAUGGUCCCUCAGGCCAUUAUUUAUGUGCAUUACAUCUACGACAAUGAGCUGCGCUUUGAGGAGAAACAAGUCAGCUUUGAGAAGGAUUUCAGUAACUCGAUUGAAAUAUCUGCGCCUGUGGAUGCCAAGCCCAGCGAAGAGGUGACGCUGCGCGUCAAGACAGAUGCCGAUUCUUUUGUGGGUCUGCUGGGCGUGGACCAAAGUGUGUUGCUGCUCAAGUCCGGCAAUGAUUUGAACCGCGAUGAGAUCUUCAACAGCCUCAGCAAGUACCAAACAUCGACACCCUGGCAGCGCGGCUAUGGACGUUAUCCGGGCGAGACCUCAGGACUGGUGACGCUCACGAAUGCCAACUAUCCCUACAAUACGGUUCUGAGCCGCUGGCAUUGGGCUGAUGAUGAAGUUCUUUACUUAAGAUCGGAUGUAUUCGAGGCUCGUGGCAUGUUUGGAGAGCCAGUAGAAGCACGUGCCUAUGGUGCUUCGAUAUCCAGAUCUGAAUUUUAUGCACCACAACCAGCACCAGCACAGAUACGCAAAGAGUUUCCUGACACUUGGAUAUUUCUAAACACUCACGACACGGAUGCCGAUGGCUUUACAUUGGCCAAGAAGAUACCGGAUACCAUUACCUCAUGGGUUGUGACGGGCUUCUCACUGAACCCCAGCUCGGGCAUUGCGCUGACCAAGAGCCCUAGUAAAAUUCGCGUCUUUCAGCCAUUCUUUGUGUCCACCAAUUUGCCAUAUUCCGUGAAGAGGGGCGAAGUCAUAGCCAUACCCGUCAUCAUUUUCAACUACUUGGACAAAACACUUGAUGCGGAGGUCGUCAUGGACAAUGCGGACAAGGAGUACGAGUUCACGGAGGCCACCAACGAGGUGGAGGAGAAGGCCAGCGAUGAGGUGCGACGCGUGAAACGCGUCACAAUACCCGCCAACAGCGGCAAGAGCGUUUCCUUUAUGAUACGACCCAAGACUGUGGGCUCGACGACCCUGAAAAUUACCGCCACUUCACCCAUUGCCGGCGACACCAUCCACCAGAAGCUGAAGGUAGAGCCCGAGGGUGUCACGCAGUUCGUCAAUCGAGCGGUUUUCAUCAACCUCAAGGAUCAACCGGAGCUGUCGGACUCACUCGAAGUGCAAAUACCCACGGAGGCUGUGCGCGAUUCAGAGUUCAUAGAGUUCUCGGUGGUGGGAGAUCUGCUGGGUCCCACGCUCCAGAAUCUGGACAAUCUCGUGCGCAUGCCCUACGGCUGCGGGGAGCAGAAUAUGGUGAACUUUGUGCCCAACAUUUUGGUGCUAAGCUACCUGGAGGUGACCAACCGCAAGAUGCCCAGCAUUGAGGCGAAGGCCAAGAAGUUCCUGGAGAUUGGCUACCAGCGGGAGCUGACCUACAAGCAUGACGAUGGCUCCUACAGUGCCUUCGGCAAGUCCGAUCCCUCGGGCAGCACUUGGCUCACGGCCUAUGUGAUGCGCUCGUUCCAUCAGGCGGCAAAGUACACCCAGGUGGAUCCCAAAGUGAUGACCGCUGGCCUCGAUUUUCUUGUGUCCAAGCAGAAGGACACCGGCGAGUUCCCAGAGGUCGGCAAACUCUUUGACAAUGCCAAUCAGAAUGAGCUGGCACUGACUGCCUCUGUGCUGUUGGCCUUCUUCGAGAAUCAGGAACUCAUUCCCAAAUACCAGAGUGCCAUUGACAAGGGUGUGCGCUAUGUGGCUGAGGAGGUGGACAAGACCGACGAUCAAUAUGCGCUGUCCAUUGCCGCGGUGGCCCUACAGCUGGCCAAACAUCCGCAGGCCGAGAAGGUGCUGGCCAAGCUGGAGGGCGAGGCCAAGCAGGAGAAUGAUCGCAAGUGGUGGUCCAAGGGCACAUCAACGGAAAUCAACAUGUGGCGUCCACGCAGCAACGAUGUGGAGAUCACCUCGUAUGUGCUGCUCGCCCUGCUCGAGCAGGGUCCGGCAGAGUCGAGUCUGCCCAUUGUCAAGUGGUUGAUUGGGCAGCGGAACAGCAACGGUGGCUUUGCCUCCACGCAGGACACAGUUGUCGGCCUGCAGGCGCUCACCAAAUUCGCCCAGAAGACCGGCUCCGGCACCGGCACCAUGGACAUUGACUUUGUGCCCUCGAAUGGCACCAAGUCCACCAUCAAAGUGGAACCUGCCAACUCCCUCGUGCUGCAGACUCACGUCCUGCCGAAGACCACUCGCAAAGUGGAUUUCACGGCCAAGGGCACGGGUUCGGCAAUGGUGCAGCUCUCUUAUCGCUACAAUCUGGCUGAGAAGGACAAGAAACCCAGCUUCAAGGUCACUCCCACGGUGAAGGAUACGGCCUCCAACCAACUGCUCGUGGUGGACAUUUGCGCCGAGUACGUACCCCUCGAGGAGAGCGACAAGGACAAGGACUCCAAUAUGGCUGUCAUGGAGAUUGCACUGCCCUCCGGCUAUGUGGGUGAUGCUGAGAGUCUCAGCAAAAUCGAGUCGGUCGAUCGUGUGAAGCGCGUGGAAACCAAGAACUCCGACUCCACGGUCAUUGUCUACUUUGACAGCCUGACGCCCGGCGAUGUCAAGUGCCUGCCCGUGGAGGCAACCAAGGCGCAUGCGGUGGCCAAACAGAAGCCGGCGGCUGUGUCCCUCUACGACUAUUACGACACGGAACGCCGCGCCACCGAAUACUAUCAGGUGAAGUCCUCCCUGUGCGACAUUUGCGAGGGCAGCGACUGUGGCAGCGGUUGCAAGAAGGAGUGAAAUAAAUACUAACAAAUAAAUGCAAAAUAAAUAAAAAGAAAUAAAUAAAGUCUAUGAAAAUGUA